CCAAGACCACGCUGCCCGGGCCAUGGGAAGGCCAGCCUGGCUCGCAGGGGCCUGGACGGCUCGGAGGGAAGCUGAUAAAGGCGGGGCUGAGUCCGGAGCCCACAGCGGGCCUCUGGCCUGGACAGCUGAGGCCGGGGCAGCCGGAGAACUACAUUUCCCAGAGUCCCCCAAAGCCUGGGGAGCGAGCCAUUGGGAGAUUUAAAUAGCCCAGGCCUCGAGGCAGGGCCGCAGCUGUGGACGCCCCCGCCUCCCUGGCGGCUCGAUUGGCGCCCGCCGGCCGGCCGUGGUGGGCUCGAUUGGCUGCCCAGCUGGCACUGACGUCCCCUGGAGCCGGGUGGCAGCCGGAGGUAAACAGCCAUGUGCAAUCCUCCGCUCUAUAUUUAACCGUGGAGGAGGCAGGCAGGGAGGUGGCCGCUCUGGGGGCAGCUCUCGCCUCGGGGAGAAGGCCCUCGCAGCCGGCCUGGCACCGGCCCUCACGGUGCCAGCGUCACCAUGCCGGGCUCCCAGAGCCGGGCCCGGGCCCGGGACCGCAACAACAUCCUCAACCGGGCCGAGUUCCUGUCCCUGAACCAGCCCCCCAAGGGGGUCCCAGAGCCCCGCAGCUCGGGUAGGAAGGCCUCGGGCCCCUCGGCGCAGCCCCCACCCCCCGGCGAUGGGGCCCGGGAGCGGCGCCAGUCCCAGCAGCUGCCCGAGGAGGACUGCAUGCAGCUGAACCCCUCCUUCAAGGGCAUCGCCUUCAACUCCCUGCUGGCCAUCGACAUCUGCAUGUCCAAGCGGCUGGGGGUGUGCGCCGGCCGGGCCACGUCCUGGGCCAGUGCCCGCUCCAUGAUCAAGCUCAUUGGCAUCACGGGCCACGGCAUCCCCUGGAUCGGGGGCACCAUCCUCUGCCUGGUGAAGAGCAGCACGCUGGCCGGCCAGGAGGUGCUCAUGAACCUGCUUCUGGGGCCCACCCAGCCUCACACGGAGCAGGGGGCCAGGGGCCUGGUGUCAGAGGACGGGAAUGGAGAGCGUGUUCGAGCCCGCUCCCUGGACCCGCCUGCACGGUCCCGCCCCGGAUGA